AUGGUUGGGCCUUUGGGUUAUUUGUUGACACUGACGGUGUACUCCCCACGGGCAGGUACCCAGCUGCUGUUGGAAGCCUGUGCCCAGGCUAAUGUGCCGACCUUCAUCUAUACCAGCACCAUAGAGGUGGCUGGGCCCAACUCCUACAGGGAGAUCAUCCAGAAUGGCCACGAAGAAGAGCAUCUCGAAUCAAGAUGGUCUGCUCCAUACCCCUACAGCAAAAAGCUCGCAGAGAAGGCAGUGCUGGCUGCUAACGGGUGGGCUCUUAAAAACGGCGGCACCCUGCACACCUGUGCCUUAAGGCCCAUGUAUAUCUAUGGGGAAGGAAGCAUAUUCCUUUAUGACUAUAUAUACAAGGCCCUGAGGAACAAUGGCAUCCUGACACAUCAUAGCAAGUUCUCUGUAGUCAACCCUGUCUAUGUUGGCAAUGUGGCCUGGGCUCACAUUCUGGCCUUGAGGGCCCUACGGGACCCCAAGAAGGCCCCAAGUGUCCGAGGACAGUUCUAUUACAUCUCAGAUGACACACCUCACCAAAGCUAUGAUGACCUCAAUUACACUUUGAGCAAGGAAUGGGGCUUCUCCCUGGAUUCCAGAAUGAGCCUUCCUAUAUUUCUGGAGUACUGGCUUGCCUUCCUACUGGAAAUAGUGAGCUUCCUGCUCAGUCCAAUUUACAAAUAUCAACCCCCCUUCAACCGCCACACAGUGACAUUGUUAAAUAGUGUAUUUACCUUCUCCUAUAAGAAAGCUCAGAGGGAUCUGGGGUAUAAGCCACUCUUCAGCUGGGAGGAAGCCAAGCAGAAAACCAUGGAGUGGAUUGGCUCCCUGGUGAAACAGCACAGAGAGACCCUAAAAACGAAGACUCACUGAUCUGGGGGUGACAAGGACGUAGAUGCAGAUGUUGUUGGGAGACAGCUAUCAAGCUCUCCCCUCUGGCAUCAUACGGAAAGAAACAAGGCCACGAGCCCGAGUCCUACUCUCUCCCUUUUACAAGACGGCCGUCUUACUGUUUUCCUCCUACCACUGGAAACCUUCCCAGUCCCUGGUCCAACCAGAAGCUUUCUGUCCUGCCCACGCUCCAGAGGACAGAGAAGGAGAUUUGCUGAAGCUCCUAAUACAAAAGUCUCUGCUGCUGGCUAUGAGCUAUUCAGGCCUCUUUCAUGUAGAGUUUUGCCUAUUAUUUCCAUUCCCUUUGUUAUGUGCAAAGCAUUUCUUAUCUUUUACAAAUUCCUAUUCCUACAUGCAGCUCAGUGAAAAGAGUAAUAAACAUUUUAAUGCCUAAUCUG